AUGUCAAGCUCGCACUACAUCAAAGUUCCUCGCGAAGAUCCCUCGCCUGACACUAAACAGCAACCCGCUUCGUCCUCAGAGCAGAUGAGGAACUGGCUGCGAGAGGGUCAUAAAGAUAUGCCGUGGCAUAACAUCGAUUCAGUUGCUGCAUCCGACACGCAAGACAACUCCAAUGUCAACGACGCGCCGUCUGAUACCCCUGCCACGCAAGGCAGUGACAAGUAG